AUGUCCCUCGAGCAGGUCCUGGAUCGAUCGAUCUUGAGAGAUAAAGCAGGGGAAUACGUUGGAGCAGAUUUGGACUCCACCGAUUGCAAGCAAAAUGGGUAUAAACUAGACCCAGUUCCUCUUUGCCUACCAGAGAAUGAAGUAGUUAGGCGAGAAACCGAGUUUUACAUGAACAAGGUGGUCAGAGAUGUCGAACAGCCCAAGAUGAUUUUGUGUUACAAGGAGGGAUCAUACGACAUCGUCAAGGAUAUUUGUGUCGAUGAAGGGUUGCAUUCCCUUGACGGGGCAUUGUCAGAAAAUGAGGUAAAAAAAUAUGUGAAGAGCAGCAACGACUUUGAAUUGAACAGCCUGAAAUUAGCAAGUCUUAGCGAACAGCUUCAUCUGGAUCUCAGUGGGGAAGAUACCGAUCAUACUUCCUCUGGAGACUUGCCAGAAGAAGGUGAAGACAUGUCUGGAACAGUUGACAGUUCAGAUGGCCAGCAGUCAACCCAAGAUGAGCACCAUGUUUCAGAUCCCGGCGGGGAAGAUCCCAAGCACAGUUCGGUGGAGAUCGCCUCCGUUGAGCCUCAUGAGAAGAACAUUGGUGGGAUGUUGUCUCCACCAGUGGAACCUGUCAGUCGUCAGAGUCCUCGUAGAAGUGGCAGAAGAUAUUCUUUAGCUGAGUUAUUGGCAGAAGAUAAAAAAGAUAGUGGCCCCUAUGGGGCACCUCUAUAUUCAUCUGAGAUUCUACGCUCACCAAAGACCAAUGAGCUGCUCCCUCAGCAAGAACCAGAUACGGAGCAAAGUCACGCUCAUAUGCCCAGUUCUGAAUCCAAUCUUGGCCAAACCGAGUUGGUCGCCGGUCAACCGCAGACUUUUGAUUCCCAAUCUGGGAAGCCGCGAUCCAUACAGGGUGACUCGGAUUCAUCACAAUGUCCUGACCAAGACGGUGUCAGGCCGCCAUCUAGCAGCGCCGAUCGAGCUAUCGAGGUACCCUCCUGCGCGGUUUCUUUCAAUCAAUUUGCAGGCCUGAUCGAAAGCUCAUGGUUUUCCUAUCAUUUGUUGAGAAUCAGUAUCAUUUUUAGCCUUUUAUUUGAGAUCAUCUAGAUCUUGUGGGAAGGCUGACAACAUUCUAGGUUGUGUUGAAAUACAAUCUCAGACCAUUAAUUGCUGAGAAGUGAUUAGAACGGAAACCUUUGGCUGCCUGUAAAAAUAUUUUCUUAGCUGGUAAUCCUUUGAGACCAGAUCCAUGAAUGACUGGUUCCAUCCACUUACCACCCAACGAUCUCGCUCUCUUAGUUUUGAAUGCAUAUCUUUUAUGUACCCAUCACAUCUUUUCUAUAAUGAGAUGGCACAUCAACUCCAAUGUCGCAGGGUGCAUCAGAAAAGCCCGAGCCAUCAACCUCCAUUACCACCUCUGAGGAUAUUAAAGACGAGAACGAGGCCGAUUCAGGAGUAAAAACGGAAGCAUUUGACGCCGCAGUUCCCGAGAAGGAAAGUCUGGGUGGGAGCUCUGAGAUCCAGCCGUCUGGUUUCCCUUCCUCUGAAACACAGAACAAGAAUGUCAACGCUCCGAUGGUCGCAUCUCGGCCUUCAUUUUAUCGCGGUAAUGGAGACUCGAACCUUCUGGGGCCUUCCUUUUUAUCAGGUCGAAUGUACUCGGGACAUCUACAAUACUCCGGAAGCGUCUCCCUACGUUCGGACAGCAGCACCACAAGCACCCGCUCCUUCGCGUUUCCCGUGUAAGCAAAUAUAAACCCCCCCUCCUCCCCAUUUCUUCGCUUUCUUGUCCUCUGAUCGAGUUCUGCUCUCUUUCUCUUCUCCAUCGUCGCAAGGUUCUUGGCAAUCCUGAAGCGGGGUUUUCAUUAUUUCUACGAGUUCGAUCUGAUUCUGUCCAUUUGAUGAAUUCAGAAUCCCCAACCCAUUUUUUCUUCUUGUUCUUGUUCUUGAACAACUAAUUUCUGUAUGGUAAACAUAUCAUAAGUUGAUCAUUCAAACGAUUUAACUUUCAUCAUGUAUGGAUUUAUCAUCGCACAGACUAACGAUACUCAUUUUAUUAUAGUUUCUUUUUUUAUGGAAAUAAGUCGAUCUAUUGUGUUAUGUUUUGGAGAGCAGACUGCAAUCCGAGUGGAACAGCAGCCCGAUAAAGAUGGUGGAGGGGGGGCGGUUCAGGCGGCGUCGGGGGUGGGGAUCGGGGUUCUUCUGCUGUAGGUCCUGA